GCGAGACGAGGGGCGGGGCACGCGGCGGGCUUGAGCGCGCUCAUUCCGUCGCUGCUGCUGCUGCAGGGCGCGCGCCGCUCUGCGCUGCUCUCCCUCUCGCACGAGCUCGCGGGGUCCCCGAGCAAAGGCCACAGGGAGCAUCAUCAUGUCCACCCAGCAGGCCGCCACAGGGAGCGUCAUGGCGCACCGGAGCAGCAUCAGCGCCAGCUUUUCGGAGGACCCAGACAAGUAUCUGUAUGUGGACAAGGGUGUCGUCUACAACAUGGCUACACAGGCGGACUGGACCGCCAAGCGUCUGGUGUGGGUGCCGUCGGAACGCCACGGCUUCGAGUCGGCCAGCGUGCAGGAGGAGCGCGGCGACGACGUGAUGGUGGAGCUGGCGGAGAACGGCAAGAAGGCGGUGGUGAACAAGGAUGACAUUCAGAAGAUGAACCCGCCCAAGUUCUGCAAGGUGGAGGACAUGGCGGAGCUCACAUGCCUCAAUGAGGCAUCCGUGCUGCACAAUCUCAAGGACCGAUACUACUCGGGACUCAUCUACACCUACUCGGGACUCUUUUGCGUGGUGGUGAACCCCUACAAGAACCUGCCGAUCUACACGGACCAGAUAAUCGAGAUGUACCGGGGCAAGAAGCGCCACGAGAUGCCGCCCCACAUCUACGCCAUCACGGACUCGGCCUACCGCAGCAUGCUGCAGGAUCGCGAGGACCAGUCUAUCCUUUGCACGGGCGAGUCGGGCGCCGGCAAGACUGAGAACACGAAGAAGGUGAUCCAGUACCUGGCGCAUGUCGCGUCGUCCCCCCGGGGACGCAAGGACCACACCGCUCCGCCGGAGUCCCCGAGGCCUCUCAAGUCUCAGGGGGAGCUCGAGAGACAGCUGCUGCAAGCAAACCCCAUCCUCGAGUCCUUCGGCAAUGCCAAGACAGUCAAGAAUGACAACUCCUCCCGAUUUGGGAAAUUCAUCAGGAUCAACUUUGACGUGGCUGGCUACAUUGUCGGAGCAAACAUUGAGACGUACCUGCUGGAGAAGUCGCGUGCGAUCCGUCAGGCCAAGGACGAGCGGGCCUUCCACAUCUUCUACCAGCUGCUCACCGGCGCCACCGAGCACCUGCGCACCGAGCUGCUGUUGGAGGGCUUCAGCAACUACCGCUUUCUGUCCAAUGGCUACGUGCCCAUCCCUGGGCAGCAGGACAAGGACAACUUCCAGGAGACCAUGGAGUCCUUGCGCAUCAUGGGCUUCGCUCACGAGGAGCAGAUGGCCUUGCUCCGGGUCGUGUCGUCCGUGCUGCAGUUUGGAAACGUGGUGUUCAAGAAGGAGAGGAACACCGACCAGGCUUCCAUGCCCGACAACACAGCGGCGCAGAAAGUGUGCCACCUGCUGGGGGUGUCCGUGACGGAGUUCAGCCGCGCCAUCCUCACCCCGCGGAUCAAGGUCGGCCGCGACUACGUGCAGAAGGCGCAGACCAAGGAGCAGGCUGACUUUGCGAUCGAAGCCCUGGCCAAGGCCACAUACGAGCGUCUGUUCCGCUGGCUCGUGCUGCGCCUCAACAAGGCCCUGGACCGCACCAAGCGACAGGGCGCCUCCUUCAUCGGCAUCCUCGACAUCGCCGGCUUCGAGAUCUUCCAGCUCAACUCGUUUGAGCAGCUGUGCAUCAACUACACCAACGAGAAGCUGCAGCAGCUGUUCAACCACACGAUGUUCGUGCUGGAGCAGGAGGAGUACCAGCGCGAGGGCAUCGAGUGGAACUUCAUCGACUUCGGGCUCGACCUGCAGCCGUGCAUCGAGCUCAUCGAGAAGCCGGCAAACCCGCCGGGCAUCCUGGCGCUGCUGGACGAGGAGUGCUGGUUCCCCAAGGCGACGGACAAGUCGUUCGUGGAAAAGCUGAUUCAGGAGCAGGGCACCCACUCCAAGUUCAUGAAGGCCAAGCAGCUCAAGGACAAGGCGGACUUCUGCGUGAUCCACUACGCCGGCAAGGUGGACUACAAGUCUGACGAGUGGCUGAUGAAGAACAUGGACCCUCUGAAUGACAACGUGGCCACGCUGCUACACCAGUCCUCCGACAGAUUUGUGGCCGAGCUCUGGAAGGACGAAGUACAGGGCAUUCAGAGAGCCUAUUUCUAUGACACUUUCCCAGUGCUUCACAAUCAACCAGUGGACCGCAUUGUGGGGCUGGACCAGGUGUCGGGCAUGGCAGAGACGGCGUUCGGCUCGACCUACAAGACGCGCAAGGGUAUGUUCCGCACAGUGGGACAGCUCUACAAGGAGCAGCUGUCCAAGCUCAUGGCCACGCUGCGCAACACCAACCCCAACUUCGUGCGCUGCAUCAUCCCCAACCACGAGAAGAGGGCGGGCAAGCUGGAGCCCCACCUCGUGCUGGACCAGCUGCGCUGUAACGGAGUCCUCGAGGGCAUCCGCAUCUGCCGGCAGGGCUUCCCCAACCGCAUCGUCUUCCAGGAGUUCCGCCAGCGAUAUGAAAUCUUGACUCCAAAUGCCAUUCCCAAGGGUUUCAUGGACGGAAAGCAAGCCUGCGAACUCAUGAUCCGGGCACUGGAGCUGGAUCCCAACCUCUUCCGGAUCGGACAGAGCAAGAUCUUCUUCCGCGCGGGCGUGCUCGCCCACCUCGAGGAGGAGCGCGACAUGAAGAUCACUGACAUCGUCAUCCUUUUCCAGGCCUCGUGCCGCGGAUACCUCGCCAGGAAGGCGUUUGGGCGCCGGCAGCAGCAAAUGAGCGCCCUCAAGGUGAUCCAGAGGAACUGCGCCGCCUACCUCAAGCUCCGCAACUGGCAGUGGUGGCGUAUGUUCACCAAGGUGAAGCCGCUGCUGCAGGUGACGCGGCAGGAGGAGGAGCUGCAGGCGAAGGAGGAGGAGCUGCAGAAGGUGAAGGAGAAACAGAGCAAAGCCGAGUGCGACCUCGUCGAUUUGGAGCGCAAGCACGCGCAGCUCGUGGAGGAGAAGCAGAUCCUGGCGGAGCAGCUGCAGGCGGAGACGGAGCUGUGCGCCGAGGCGGAGGAGAUGCGCUCCCGCCUCGCCGCCAAGAAGCAGGAGCUGGAGGACAUCCUGCACGACCUGGAGGCGCGCGUCGAGGAGGAAGAGGAGCGCGUGCAGGCGCUCGCACAGGACAAGAAGAAGAUGCAGCAACACGUGCAGGACCUGGAGGAACAGCUGGAGGAGGAGGAGGCUGCUCGGCAGAAGCUGCAGCUGGAAAAGGUGACGACGGAGGCGAAGGUGAAGAAGAUGGAGGAGGACAUCAUCCUCCUGGAAGACCACAGCUCCAAGAUCACAAAGGAGAAGAAGCUGCUGGAGGAGCGCGUGGCCGAGGUUGGGACGCAUCUCACAGAGGAGGAGGAGAAAGCGAAGAACCUGCUCAAAGUGAAGCACAAGCACGAGGCCAUGAUCGCCGACCUCGAGGAGCGCCUCAAGAAGGAGGAGAAGACGCGGCAGGAGCUGGAGAAGGCGAAGCGCAAGCUGGACGGGGAGAGCACCGACCUGCAGGACCAGAUCGCCGAGCUGCAGCAGCAGAUCAUUGAGCUCAAGAUGCUGCUCGCCAAGAAGGAGGAGGAGCUGCAGGCUGCCCUCGCCAGGGGCGACGAGGAAACUCUGCAGAAGAACAACGUCCUGAAGCAGCUGCGCGAGCUGCAGUCGCAGAUGGGCGAGUUGGCCGAGGACCUGGAGUCGGAGAAGACGUCGCGGAACAAGGCCGAGAAGCAGAAGCGAGACCUCAGCGAGGAGCUCGAGGCCCUCAAGACGGAGCUUGAGGACACCCUCGACACCACUGCCGCCCAGCAGGAGCUCCGCACAAAGCGAGAGCAAGAGGUGGCGGAGCUGAAGAAGGCGAUCGAGGAGGAGACGAAAUCCCAUGAGGCGGCCAUCGUGGACAUGCGGCACCGCCACGGCCAGACGCUGGAAGAGCUCUCGGAGCAGCUGGAGCAGGCGAAGAGGUUCAAGGGCAACCUGGAGAAGUCGAAGCAGUCGCUGGAGGCCGAGCGCCAGGAGCUGCUGUCCGAGGUGCGCGCACUGGCGCAGUCGCGCUCCGAGUCGGAGCAGAAGCGCAAGAAGACGGACGGGCUGCUGCAGGAGCUGCAGGUCAAGGCGGCGGAGAGCGAGAGGUCGCGCGCCGAGCUCGGCGAUCGCGCCUCCAAGCUGCAGAACGAGCUGGAGAACGUGUCCACGUUGCUGUCGGAGACCGAGGGCAAGGCCCACAAGCUGGCCAAGGAGGUGUCGAGCCUGGAGUCGCAGCUGCAAGAAACGCAGGAGCAGCUGCAGGAGGAGACGCGGCAAAAGUUGAAUGCCAGCACAAAGGUCCGCCAGCUGGAGGAUGAGAAGAACGGGCUCCAGGAGCAGUUGGAGGAGGAAGAGGAGGCGAAGAAGAACCUGGAGAAGCAGAUGACCUCCCUACAUGCUCAGCUGGCUGAGGCGCGCAAGAAGGUGGAGGAGGAUGUGGGGUCCCUGGAGGGCCUGGAGGAGGGCAAGAAGAAGAUGCUGAAGGACAUGGAGGCGCUGACCCAGCGGCUGGAGGAGAAGGCGCCUGCGUGUGACAAGGUGGAGAAGACCAAGAACCGUCUGCAGCAGGAGCUCGAUGACCUCACCGUGGAUCUGGACCAGCAGCGGCAGACCGUGUCCAACCUCGAGAAGAAGCAGAAGAAGUUUGACCAGAUGCUGGCGGAGGAGAAGAGCGUGUCGGCGCGCUACGCGGAGGAGCGCGACCGCGCCGAGGCGGAGGCCCGUGAGAAGGAGACCAAGGCGCUGUCGCUGGCACGGGCACUCGAGGAGACGGUGGAGGCCAAGGAGGAGCUGGAGCGGAGCAACAAGCAGCUGCGUGCCGAGAUGGAGGACCUCGUGAGCUCCAAGGACGACGUCGGCAAAAGCGUCCACGAGCUGGAGAAGUCGAAGCGGGCGCUGGACCAGCAGGUGGCGGAGAUGCGCACGCAGCUGGAGGAGCUGGAGGACGAGCUGCAGGCCACCGAGGAUGCCAAGCUGCGCCUGGAGGUCAACAUGCAGGCGCUGAAGGCGCAGUACGACCGCGAGCUGCAAGGCAAGGACGAGCAGGGCGAGGAGAAGCGGCGCUCGCUCGUCAAGCAGGUGCGCGAGAUGGAGUCCGAGCUGGAGGAUGAGCGCAAGCAGCGCGCCCUGGCUGUCGCCGCCAAGAAGAAGCUGGAGGCGGACUACAAGGAGCUGGAGUCGCAGAACGAGGGCGCCAACAAGGGCCGCGAGGACGCCGUCAAGCAGCUGCGCAAGCUGCAGGCCCAGUUCAAGGACUUCCAGAGGGAGCUGGACGAGGCCCGGGCGGCGCGCGAGGAGGCCUUUAGCGCCGGCAAGGAGAACGAGAAGAAGGUGAAGAACCUGGAGGCGGAGGUCAUCACGAUGCAAGAGGAGCUGUCGGGAGCGGAGCGAGCGCGGCGCCACGUGGAGCAGGAGCGCGACGAGCUGGCGGAGGAGCUGGCCAACAACUCCACCGGGAAGUCCGGUCUCCUGGACGACAAGCGGCGGCUGGAGGCCCGGAUCUCGCAGCUCGAGGAGGAGCUGGAGGAAGAACAGGGCAGCGUCGAGCUGCUCAACGACCGCUUCCGCAAGGCCAGCCUGCAGGCGGAGCAGCUGACGGCGGAGGUGACGGCGGAGCGCAGCAAUGCGCAGAAGAAUGACAACGCGCGCCAGCAGCUGGAGCGGCAGAACAAGGAGCUGCGGGCGAAGCUGGCGGAGCUGGAGACGUCUGUCAAGGCCAAAUACAAGAGCACCGUUACGGCGUUGGAGGCCAAGGUGGCCACCAUGGAGGAGCAGCUGGAGCACGAGGCUCGGGAGCGAACAGGAGCCAACAAACUGGUACGGCGCUCGGAGAAGCGGCUGAAGGAGGUUAUGCUACAAGUGGAGGAUGAGCGUCGCCACGGAGACACCUACAAGGAGCAGGUGGAGAAGGCGAUGUCCCGCGUGAAGGCGCUGAAGCGGCAGCUCGAGGAGGCGGAGGAGGAGGCAACGCGCGCCAAUGCGGCGCGGCGCAAGCUGCAGCGCGAGCUGGACGAUGCCUUGGAGCACUCGGAGGCGAUGAACCGUGAGGUGAACACCCUCAAGAGCAAGCUCAGCACCCGAUUUAACAAACCUGACAAGCGAGGCGGCGCCUUCUCAUUCAGCAGCGGCGGCGGCGCCGCCAGCGGUAGCGGCAGUAGCCGAACCGGACGCCGCACUGUGCAGCACUCCUCCUUCGAAGGCGACCUGUCGGACGACGACUCGGUGAGCAGCAAGGAGAAGGAUUCUCUAAACGACACGCAGCCCAGCCCGAGCGAGUAGCCUGCGUCAGUGGCCUCCACCACCGCGAUGGUCCCCAGGGGACCUCGGCCUUCGGGCCUGGACUGCGGCACAAGGAGGAGCCGACGGCGGGGGGAGGGGGGCCGUGGGUGGCGCUGGUAUCACCUGGACUAUAGGACUAGACCUGAAACAAACAGAACUACAGGCAACCACUGAGCAGCAGCAGCAGCAGCAACGCACGCUGGGCCGAUGAUGCUACGAUCCCGGUCGGUGGGCGUGCCGACCGCACUUUUCAUUGUAACGGAAAUUCCAACAGUAUUUCAAGUUCGCCGCAGUAUGUUUAGAACUUUAGAUAUAAUGCCUGUUACAGCUUGUUAUACUUCUUGUAAUCGUAACCAUACGCCCGUCAUUUUGGUCUAGCUGACGUUUUCGUUGAUGUUAUAUUCUUUUGUAAUCUCGAAGCCUUGCUGGCAAGCCAACUGUGAAAAAAGCGAGCUCAAGGCUUCUUUGUAUCCGAUCGGAGUCCACGCAUUCAUACACAAAACGGUAUUUGUCCUUUAGGAGGCCAAAAUUUCCAAAAGUUAACAAUCGCACUCAGGCCUUACAAACUAAGGCGGAAGUGAGGCGAGCAGAGCAUGCAAUGCCCGCCCACCCUGCUAAUCAGUCUCUAAACACCCAAGCGAAACUAUUUUUAUUUUACCAGGUAAGACCCACUGAGCUAUGUGGCUCUUUUCAGAAGCGAUCUGGCCACAAAAUGAUACCUCAACGAAAGUGGCUAUUCAUGUGGAAAUUUAUAGCAGCCAAAUAAUCUAAACGCAUGUUUCUAUACAGACGUGAGGGUCUGGAUUGAACCCACAAUCUGUAUACCAGACGAGGUAGUUAACAUCUCGACACAGACGCAAACCAUUUGUAAUUUGCAAGUCCUACAAAGUAUUUGUGGGAGGUCUGACCCAGAUAGUGUUUGUGUUUGGUGUGACUCUUGUGUCUCAUACCUGAUGGAGGUGUUUACGGAGGUGGGCGUAGAGGGGCGAGGGAGAGAAUGACGUAUGCCUGUCUUAGCCCCACAUUGGAAACGCGUGCAAUGCACGUGUAGCAAAGGAGUUGGCGGCACAUGUCCCAAAUGAUUAAGGUGUUCGCUUGAUUAUUGGUGAUGACGGACAGGUGACAUUUCUCAAACUCGGGCCCUGUGUGGACAUAUCGAUGACCUGUUUUGGACGUGCUUUGUGUUAAGAGAGAGAGAGAGAGACAAUGAUUUACUGCGCACCUGGUUCUCGUGCUGAUGCGGACGAGGAGCGUUGGAUUGGAGACAUUUCCUCUGUUGUUGAAUCCUGGACCCCCCCCCCCCUCCCUCCUGCGUACGACCCUGGAAAGUUAUCGCGCCUGUUCUUUCCGGGGUCGUGUAUUCUAGGAGGCAGUGAAAGACUUAAGCCAGCCACGGAGCCUUUCCCAGUGUGGCUUUCGCUUUUCGUCGAUCCUGCUGCAAAUGUACUCGUACUUUUUUUUUGUUUCCUGAAGGAAAACUGUGAUGCCUAAUGUACUCCCGUGUCCACGUAUUUGAUGCAACUGCAGAGAUCGCAAACUUGCACAGCGUAGGGUAAAUGUGACUACAGUGCUCUACCACUGUCAUCUGUGUAAUCAUGUUCAACUCCACGUCUUUUGCUUAUGGUUACUAAUUUAGGUGCAUUAGCUGUGUUUACACUAGGGGAUUUAGUCUGUACCAGUGGCCACUUGUUGAGAACACGACGGGAAUGGGGGUUCCUAUUAGGACGCUACAUUCUCAGACCUGCGGCUCCAAGCAAAUGGAGAGGAACACAAGGGACAUUCAAGAGGGCUUCAACCAUUGGGAUUGCGACCGCUGUCUCUAUUUUUGAGCCAUAUUUUCCUUUUGAAGUGGCAUAAACGAGAUCCAUUUCGGAGUGGGAGAGUUCGGUUCUCAGUGGACCUGUUGUGAAUCCGUGGCCCUGGUGUGAACACAGCUAUAGCGGCUGAACUUCAUCGGGAGGCUCGGUGUUCCGAGGUGCGGCACAGCGCGCAUGGAAGCUCGACCCCACGAGCUGUUCUGUGGGAUCAGAUUGAGGCAUGUACCCAGUGAACAUGCAAACGUUGGUUGAUGUUGGGCCAACGUUUGCAUGUUCACUGGGCAACAGUGAAGAUGUAUCCAUUCAUCUGUUAAAAUCAGUUAUUCUGCUCUGAAUACACGCAUUAAGACGUGUGUGUGUGUGCGUGAGAAUCAAUUAUUUACAAGUUAUGCAAAUUACAUGUUAGAAAUUGAGAUGAACGGAGACAACAAAAGUAUAAAAAAAACUGAAUAAACUGUACAAGCGGGUCGGUAUAAAUGACACAAUUUGAUUACUGUGUUUUUUACCACGUUUCAUGGACACAGUGGGAAGGCGAAUCGUUACAUGCUUUGUUAGUAAGUCUGGCCUCUGCCCUGACCAUGAACGUUAUCAUUGGGCUUACGGACAGCAACAUUGCUCCAAGGGCCCCACUAAUAACCGUGGAACGUACUCUUUGGUUUUUUCGGUAAAGUCACGUAGGUAAAAUAAAAUGAAAACUAAAUUAAAUCACGACGUUUCGGAGGCAACACAAGCUUCCGUCUUCAGGUGGAACAGACACAGCAAAAUUAGCUGCAGUCUUUUUCACACAUUGCCUCAUGAACCCCGAAACGUCUGUCGGCUGAUGCUGACGCCAGGUCUGAUAUUACGGUGGCUUCAGAGCAGGAAUGGGGAACCUGCUAUUCGCGGGCCGUAUCUGGCCCACGACCUCAACGCGUACGGACUGCGGCCACAUGAGGCCUACCGCUUCGUUAUGGCUCCCAAACUAUAUUUAUCACUACAAGCGUACUAUUCACACGCCGACCCGGCAUCAAUGCGUUGCAGUGAAAGUAAAGCGGUAAAAGGUCAGCCCGAGUUCUUUUCACGUUACAUUAUUUUUUAUUAUUAUUAGAUAACGCCAGCCGUGUGUUCAGUGCAGUCCGAUUAAAGGUAUUUGAGAAUCCUAUAUGGCCCUCGAUAAGAAAAAAGGUGUCCCACCCCAGCUUUAGAUGCUGGACUCAAGUCGUAUGUCAUGCGUCAUGACUCUGGUGGCAGCAUCCUUUUGGGUUUCUUUUGGUCGUGAUCGGAGAACAAAUUAUGAACAGGUUUCAUUUUUGGGUCGGUUUCGUCGCUCCGCUCCUCGAAUUGGGAAUAUGACGCUUCGCCGUUUGUCAACGAGGCGGAGAACUUAACUUGGUAGCAAAACACGAAUCGUAACGAUUUCUUUAAAUUAUCAAUAAAUGUGAAUUAACUUAUAUUCUUGGUUCUUUCGGUAAAGUCACGUAGAAGGGAAACAAAAGAAUAAAAAUAUAAAGCAAAAUUAUCACGACGUUUCAACUGCAACACAAGCAGUCAUCAUCAGGUGUGAUAAUUAACUUGAUAACUUUUUUCACAUGCGUUGCUUAUGUGAGUGGUGUUUAUAAAUUCAGUCUUUUGGGGCUGUUAAUUAAUAACGAUUACGUUUUGCCACCACGGGUGGUAGCGAAGGGUGAAAUAGUAUGUGGGCAUGUAAUGAUGCAUCAAUUUAUCAAUUAAAAUUCUACUCUUUACACUCACGGUUCAUGCAUCAAAUCAUAUACGUGUAUGAUAAUGUCAUAUAAAAUCUCAAAUUAUACAAUUGUUACGUUCUUGAGUAAAGUCGCCGCCCAAAAUUCAUGACAAAUGAUCGACUUCGCUGGGGAGGGGGAGGAGGGAUGAAUUGUUACACGACUUCUUGUCUGGUCCCAUGGACUCUUCUGUUGCGUGAUUAAUUGUGAUUGGUCAGCCCUAGACACCCUGGCCACAUGCUAGGUGAGGUGAUUCGACUGCUUUGAGCAGUGAGGGAGCAGCCUCUCUGGGAAAGCCACUCUCACCUGGUCCAGUAGAGAGCCAUUGCCCGCUCUAUAUUUGUAUCCAGGUGAAAGCCCAUUGAGACGAAAAGUAUAUUUCAAGGGAGACAUGGAUCAAAGUAUAUCUAGUAAUGACGAUUAUACAUUACAGCAGUGUUCAUUCACAGCAAAUGAGCCCGGGGGGAGCGGUGAAAGCGUCUCAUUAAAUAAAAACGAUGUGACAUCUGCUCGUUAUGGCAUAACAUUUUUUUUAAAUAAAAGUUAUACUUGCUGUACCCUAAAA